UUUGAUUUCGUUUUUCAUCGAGAGCGGAGCGUGUUGACGACGCGACGGCGCUUUAUGUACUUUUAACAACAAAAUUUUCGUAAAUAUUGAAAACAAUAUGUAAAUGCGCGUCUACAAAUUAUUAAAGUGAAGCCUUCGAAUACAGCAACAAAUUACAAAAGUGAUAGAAAUAUUUGUGAAUUCAAAAGUUAAUUAAAUUAAACGAACGAACGGCGGCAUAGAAUUAAAUUAGUGCGCCGUUUUCCUAAAUGAAAAAGUGUGUCAAACAGCAGCUUCCCGUUGGCAGCCUAUUUAUUAACGAGAAAGGCGUUGUUAUCUAUUUAUUUUUAAACACAUCCAAAAUUCACACAGUGUAAAAAACGAGUGAAAUUUUUAAAUGACAACACCAAAAACAAAGCAAUGCAGCCAAAGUGAAAGAGAAAACGAAUUGCCAAUAAGAAGAAGCAGAAGCAGCGCCAGACGCGAAAGAAGGCAAAGACGAAGGGGAGAAGGGCAAAAUACAUAACAGUAAAACGGCGUCAAAUAUUUAUGCGCUUAAAAUGAACGCCUCCACAACAACAACAGUAACAGUAGCAGCAACGGCAGCGAUGACGCCCAGCGUUGACUACAGCAACAACAAUAGCAGCUUUCGAUAUGACAACAACACCAACAUGUACAAAUAUAAAACACCCCAGCUGAACAAUGAGAACAGCAGCAGCGGCAACUCCUCCACCUCCUGUUCGCCCUUGGCUUCGCCACAGCUGAUCAAGAGCAACAGCUACAGCGGCACAAGCAGCUUAAUGACAACAACACACCUUCCACUGGAAGGGAAUGAUGGUUCCAAGCUGUCGUUGCCGCCGACACCGACCAGUGUGACCAACACGAAUGAGGAGAGCAGCGAAUGUGAUGCAUUUCUCAUUAACAAUAAUCCCAACAGUGUGCGCCGCAGCACAAAUCGCUCCAACUCGCACAAUUCCGCCUCCUCUUCCUCCUUAUCCGCGUAUCAUUUGCGUCGCAACUCGUGUUGUGUGCGUAUUCAUGCGUUUAUCAUGCGCAAUUGGUAUCUCAGCUAUUUGUUGCCCAUUUGCCUGCUGGGUCUCGUUCUAGUUGUCGGCUAUCUCACCCGCAACUAUGCCAAGGAGCUGUUCUUCUGGAUCGAGACCCAGAAUCCCUGGCUCAUCUUUGUCAUCUUCAUGGCACUCUUUACGCUCGUCAGCUUCCCCAUUGUUGUUGGCUAUCUUGUGCUGCUGAUAACUGCUGGUUACCUGUUCGGCUGCUGGCGAGGUUGGCUUAUUGUGAUAUUGGGCGCCAACUCGGGCAUUGCGAUCGCACACGCCACAAUUCGUGCCUUCCGGCAUCGGAUAUCCGUGCACAAAUUGAUUAAAAAUGAGACUGGACGCGCAAUACUGCGAGUUAUAUCUGGACCUAAGGCAUUUCGAGUGGUGCUCUUCACAAGGCUGACGCCGAUUCCAUUUGGACUACAGAACGUCAUUUUUGGAAUCAGCUCGAUAAAAGCACGGGACUAUCAUCUGGCCACAUUUCUGGGUCUGCUGCCUGCCCAGACGAUCAAUGUUUAUCUGGGCUCCACGCUGCGCUCCAUGCACGAGGUGCUCAAUGACAACGAUACCAAAUUGACGGGCUACAUUAGCUUCGUGUUCGAGGUCAUUUGUGGCGUUGCGCUAAUGUUUUGGGUUGUCCAAAAAGCACGCAAAGAGCUGUCGGAAACCCUGUUGGAAUCGGAUUACAGUAAUGAUGGCAAACCCAUCGAUAUACAAGUAUAGCAUGAGGAGGAUGAGGAUGAGGAGGAGG